AACUUUUUCAUGCCUAAAAUACCUAUUCAGGCGUUGUAUGAUCUGGUAUGCGUCAGAAACGCCUGGGCAACGAAUGUGCCCAAAACUCAACAUCUGGCCUUGUUUGACGUCAUUACUGCCGACAGUGCAGGCGGCUGCCAACUGACUUAUCUACAAAGAACAUUGCAUCAUAAAUAACUACUCGUUAUUAUUUGUAGGUCAGGUACAGUCACAAUUUACCCUUGAUACAUUACGGUUUUGAUACUUUCAAACACCGCCAGAGAUAGAGCACGGCCUCUUUGUUCUCGAAUUGAACACGAUGGACCCUAAGGCCCAAUACAUGUCUGUCCUUUUCCUGCCUGUUUUCAAAACGGCGAAAAUGUGUUAAGUGAACCGGGCUCAAUGAUACUAAUAUAUUUUACUAUGAUAUUGAAAGGUUUCGUGAUCACAAUCCUCAAAUAUUUUGAAUUGUAAUGUCUUCAAAAAUGUAUAAUUUUCAUCAGGCUUUCGUUAUAGACAGUUCUUGUUUAGUUAGACACUAUUUUUCCUUUGACAAGAACCGUAGCUAGCUAGCUAGGGUUUAAGUCACUAUACGAUUAAUAUUUAUUAUCGUUUAGCUAAGUGAUAUCUAACCUGGAUGGCUAUUCACUUUUACACUAGAUGGCAAAUAAUGAUUGGGACGGUUUGCUAGCAAGCCAGGCUCUUUCAGCGAGCGAAUUAAGUUAGCGUCGACGAGUUUUGGUACUCGGCGAACCUCCCCCCGCUUCAUGUUCACAUGAGGUCUCUCAACAACGCAUUUCACUUAGCCAGUUUGCUUGCAUUUAACAGUAACGAACCCCGAGACGAAGUCAUUAGACCGGUGCGUGUCCUGUGGCUAUCUUGCUACUGCUGUAGCUAGGCAAGUACAGUAACUAAGUGCUCAAGCAUAGCACUCAAUGCUGGCUAAAAAUAACAAACUCUUUGUCCCCCAUUCAGCACCCCACCAAAAGUGGUGAGCCCGUCCACCUUACGACUUUACAUACAACCAGUUGGGACUUUGUCGUUCUACAUGGUCGAUACAGCCAAGUCAGGACGAUCAGAAGAGGUUGGAGGCACUGUAGUUUGUGAAACGAACUGGCAUGAGGUAUCUCUCUCCGCCUGGGUGUCUUCAAGUCGGGUUACCAAAGUAAACGCAUUUAACUCGCUUUUUGACCGAACAUCAAGCGUCAUCCAUGGCGUUGGCCUGUCACCAGUAGCUUGUUCCCGGCAGGGAAAACAUUAGCUAUUUAACAUUAACAAUACUGUUAAAGGUCACCCCUUUGUUUUGAUUGUAAACUGUGAAAGAAAUCCUUAAAAGUUAUUCUACCACAGUGGAACAUCAUGUCGGAGGAUAACAACGCAGAAAAAUUCAUCAAGGAGACCUCCAUCUUGGAAGAGUACAACAUUAACUGGACACAGAAGCUCGGGGCAGGGAUCAGUGGACCUGUUAGAUGCACCAUCAAUAGCAUUCUGUAGGGCUGCAUCGCCGCCUGGUAUGCAAACUACACCGCCCACAACCACAUGACUCUACAGAGGGUGUUCCGGUCUGCCCAACCGAUCACCGGGGGUAAACUGCCUGCCCUCCAGGACAUCUACAGCACCUGGUGUCAUAGGAAGGCCAAGAAGAUCAUCAAUGACCUGAGCCACGGCCUGUUCACCAUGCUACCAUUUAGCAGACAGAGACAGUACAGGUGUAUCAACGCCGGGACCGAGAAACUAGAAAACAGCUUUGAUCUCCAGGCCAUCAGACUGUUGAACAGCCAUUAGUAGCCAGCCACCGCUUGGGUACUCUGCCUGGCAACUUAGACUGCUGGCCCAUGUAUGAAGAGACAUUGAACACUGAGUUUGUGUGAAGAAGUCAACUCAGGAACGAUUGGCCCUGAAAAUCCUAAUUGAUCGUCCCAAGGCCCGAAAUGAGGUGCGGCUCCACAUGAUGUGUGCUACACACCCCAACAUCGUGCAUAUUAUGGAGGUGUACGCCAACAGUGUGCAGUUCCCUCACGAAUCCAGUCCAAGAGCGAGGUUACUGAUCGUCAUGGAGAUGAUGGAGGGAGGCGAGCUGUUCCACAGGAUCAGUCAGCACAGACACUUUACAGAGAAGAUGGCUAGCCAGGUCACCAAACAGAUCGGCCAGGCCCUGGAACACUGUCACUCACUGAAUAUUGCACAUCGAGACCUGAAACCAGAGAACCUGCUCUUCAAGGAUAACUCCCUGGAUGCACCGGUGAAGUUGUGCGAUUUUGGAUUUGCAAAGAUUGACCAGGGUGACUUGAUGACCCCACAGUUCACUCCUUACUACGUUGCACCUCAGGUACUUGAGGCUCAAAGGCGACACCAGAAGGAAAAGUCUGGAAUAAUACCUACCUCACCCACCCCUUACACCUAUAACAAGAGCUGUGACCUGUGGUCCAUUGGGGUGAUCAUCUACGUGAUGCUGUGUGGCUACCCUCCCUUCUACUCCAAGCACCACAGCCGCACCAUCCCCAAGGAUAUGCGCAAAAAGAUCAUGACGGCCAGCUUUGACUUCCCCGAGGACGAGUGGAGCCAGAUCUCUGAAAUGGCCAAGGACAUUGUCCGCAAGCUGCUGAAGGUGAAGCCUGAGGAGAGGCUGACCAUUGAGGGUGUACUGGAACACCCCUGGCUCAACUGCACAGAGGCCCUGGACAACGUGCUGCCCUCUGCACAGAUGAUGAUGGACAAGGCAAUGGUAGCUGGGAUCCAGCAGGCCCAUGCUGAACAGCUGGCUAACAUGAGAAUACAGGACCUCAACAUCAGCCUCAAGCCACUCAACUCAGUCAAUAACCCCAUCCUGAGGAAGAGGAAACUCCUAGGCAGCAAGCAGAGGGAUGGCUUCUUCAUCCACGAUCCAGAGAACGGUGGCGAGGACGCCAAUGUGGCCCUGGAGAAACUCAGAGACGUCAUCGCUCAGUGUAUCCUCCCACAGGCUGGGGAGAAUGAGGACGAGAAACUGAAUGAGGUGAUGCAUGAUGCGUGGCGUUUCAACCGAGACUGCAAACUACUGCGAGACGGGCUGCAGGGCCUCAGCUGGGAUGGACGGGCCUUCUCUGACAAAGUGGAUCGCUUGAAGUUGGCUGAAAUAGUGAAACAGGCCAUAGAGGAAAAGACACAUUUACAAGACUCUCAGUAGCAUUUAUUUAUAUCUCCUUUUGUAUCAUUUAUUCUAACAUUUUUUAAGCUAAUGACUGUAGAGGCAUUUUUUGUGUAAAUUAACAGCUUAAACUAUAGGAUUUUUUUUAAAGAACUCACUUGCAAGACUAUUGUACUGUAGAUAUAUUGAAAAGAGGCCUUGUUGGCACUAUAUAUUUUUUUUAUGAACAGGUGCAAAGAAUAAAAAAUCCUUAUAUUUUAGUAAAAAAAAGAGGAAAAUCACAAAAAUAUUAUUUUCUGUAACCCACUGGAGGGAAUUUUUACAAGCUGCUUGUCCUGGAUGUCCACGGUGAUGUUUUAAUCUCACUCGUUUUUUUAUUUCAUUUGAUUCUUAUUCCUUUACCUUUUUUAACAAUGCUACAAAUUGUAUUUAUUUCACAAAGAAACCCUUAUUUUUUACCAUGAA